AUGGCAAGGCUCACUGGCGAAGCCGGCGAAACGUCCGGGAAUGUAGCAGGUCCACGGCUUGACUCUGGAAAGGAUCGUGGAUUCCAUGGACUCAGGACAAUGUGCGUUCAUCUAGGUCUCCCUGACAAUACGGUCAAGUUGCGAAAACAAGGUCCAAUGUUAGAAAUUAUCAUGACUUCGACGACAGAAAAGCAGAACUAG